AUGCAACAAAAUCUAGAUAAGGAGGCAGGGAGAGCAGCAGCAGAAAGGAGACAACUGCAGCAGACACAGGCAGAACUACAAACAUUAAAAAAUGAAUUAAUUAGACAAAAAGAAUUAGCAAAUAGCCAUAAGACAAGAGAAGGUUCUUCUUUGUUGUCUUCUUUUCCUCGUCAAGGACAAAGACAUUUACCUGAGGGUUUAACAAAUAAAGAAUUAAAAGAAUUAUUAGAAGAAGUUCUUGGUAAUUAUUGUGAUUUACAACGAGAAUCGGAGAUGUUAAGAAGAGAAAUUUCUCAAUUAAAGGAAGGAAAUAAAGAACCCACUAUAGAGAAGUUAUCUAUAGAACAAAGAAGACUGCAGCAAGAAAUAAACAAGAAAGAAGCAGCAAUUGGUAGAUGGGAGGCAUUUGCUGCUGCAUUAAUGUCUAUUAUUAAUACACAAGAAGAAGCAGCAGCAGCAGCAGCAGCAAAUGCAGCAGCUAAUUGUGUGCAACGAGUAAGAGAAGAGUUAAAUAAUGUCCUUAGCCGCAGCAUCCUUCUCUAUGAGCCCCUUGCAGGAGACACCAAGCAGCAGCAGCAGCAGCAGCAGCAGCAGCAGCAGAAGCAGCAGCAGCAGCAGCUAAAUCGUGCACAAGGACAGCAGCAACCAAUGGGUGUCUCCCGCAGUCCGAGUCUAGGCAACAGCAGCAACAGCAACAGCAGCAGCAGCAGCAGCAGCGCAGCGCCAACAGAGAGACAGUGUACAGAUAACUCAGAGGCUGCUGCGCCUUCUGCUGCUGCUUCUCCUAGAGCAAGAGCGUCUCUUAUUAGCAGCAGCAGCAGCAGCAGCAGCAACAGCAGCAGCAACAGUAGUAGUAGCAGCAGUGAUAGGAGCAGUGGUGGUAGCGAUAGCAGCAACAGAAGCAACAGCAGCAACAGCAGCAGCAACAGCAGCAGAUCUGGUCUGCAUGCAGAGGAGACAGGAGACACUCCCUCCUUGUCA